CAAAGCCCCCCAACCCAACCUUUCUCUUCCCACUUCACAAAAAAAUUUAACCUUUUCAUUUUUGUUCUCUUCAUUUUUCAUCAACUUCUUCAAUGGAAAAACCCUAAAAACCUUGAUCUUCAAUGACCCAUUUCCUAUCUUAACGCGAACCGAUCUGGGUCCGAUCCCAUUUCUCCCUCCUCUUCAACCAGAGAAAGAAACACCCAGAUAAAGUAUUCGAACAAAAAUUAAGAAAGAAGGAAAAAAGAUAAAAUUUUUGUUUUGUGGGAGAGAAAGAGAAGAGAAAAAUGUACAAGAACCAGCUACAAGAGCUGGCGCAGAGGAGCUGCUUUAAUCUUCCUUCCUACACGUGCAUUAGGGAAGGUCCAGACCACGCGCCGAGGUUCAAAGCCACCGUUAACUUUAACGGCGAAACCUUUGAGAGUCCUCACUAUUGUUCUACUCUUCGUCAAGCCGAACACUCCGCUGCCGAAGUCGCGCUCCAAUCCCUGUCUAAUCGUGGACCUUCUCACUCUCUUGCCGCCAGAAUCCUAGAUGAGACAGGGGUUUAUAAAAACCUCUUACAGGAAAUUGCACAAAGAGUUGGAGCUCCAUUGCCACAGUAUACAACAUUUAGAUCAGGCCUUGGGCACCUACCUGUUUUUACAGGAACAGUUGAAUUGGCUGGAAUCACAUUCACAGGGGAACCUGCUAAGAACAAGAAACAAGCGGAAAAGAAUGCAGCCAUGGCAGCUUGGACAUCUCUGAAACAGUUGGCCAAAGAAACUGCAAGUUCUUCUUCAGAGCCAGAGACUAGUGAUGAGCUUGAACAGAUCACAAUAGCUCGUGCGUUGUCGAAUUACCGAAUAAAGGAAAAGAUGGCUAUGGCAAACUCCUCCAAUGCCCCAAUACCAUUUACAAAGAAGUUUCCUAUUCAGAAUCCAAGACCAACUAGUCCACAGCCUGCUGCUACCACCUCAAAAAUCCUUCCCUUAAUCUGCCCAAAGGUGGUUCCUCGCAACAGAUCUAUGUCAGUGACAGCAAAUGACAAGACUAUUCUACCAUCAUUGCAAGCACCUGCACUUGAAAGCCGUGGGGCUCGUCUGCAGAAAUUCCCUGCAGCUGGAGCGGCUCCUUAUGUUCCUAUCCGACAAUUUAGGUCACCUUGCCAUGGCAUUGCUCCACCAGUGACAAUAAGAACUGCGGUGCCUGUUUUCUCUGCACCUCCACGUUCAGCACAAUCUGCGGUAUCCCCACAGCCACCAGCAUCUGCGGUUCCUACUCAGCCAGCACACUCUGUUCUUCCCGUUCAGCCACCACAACCUGCAGUUCCCCCUCAGAAAUCACCAUCUGCACUUCCCACACAAGUGCUGCGAGCUCCUCCUGUACGUAUUGCUCCACCUGUCACCAUUAGACAAGUGGUUCCAGUAUUUGCUGCUUCACCAGAUCGGAAGGAAGAUAUUACAUCUGUUAGAAAUGAAGAUAGGAUGACAGUUACGGCUUCUGCCCUUCUUGAUAAAUCACCUGCCAAAGUAGAGGAAGCUGCAAGCACAACAGCAAAGAACCUGCAAGAAUUUCAGACAGUACAGAGUUUAGAACAACUCAAAAUCUGAUGGUAGUGAAGUGGCGAAUUCUAGGCACUAGGACAAGAGCUAUGUUUUUGGGUUGGUAUGAAGUUUGUAUUGUUACUUUUGUCAUCUCAUCAUAUGAGUGUUUUUUUUACCAUCUUUUUUGUUUGCGUAGAAGCUUCAGUUUCUGCAGGUUAAGUUAGUAUCACCAGUCCCAUGUCAUUGCAAUUCAAGUUAUACUAUGUCUAGAGUGAUGUUGCAGGGGCAAGUCUUGUUUAGUUAAUUUUAUUACACCUAUGGUAGGUUCCCCUGCUCAAACAUGGCAAAGAAGUAAAGAAUCCCUUAUGAGACAUGAUUCAUCUUAUGCUUUGCCAAUUGGGGGAAAUGCUUCUUCCUACUCCAUGCUCCUCUCAGUACAAUUUUCAUUUCGAAGGAGCGGUUUUAGGCCUAGCUAAUAAAUUGUAUUGAAAUCAAAACAAUAAGAAUGCCAGCAAGUGUUUGAAGCUGUUAAAGAUUGAACUUUGGUCAAGUUCGGUGCUUUUGGCUCAAAAUCAUGGGUAUUGGGUUAGCUUCUGGUUACUAAAUGACAAAUUGGUAAAUAACAAUCCCAACUUGAUACUACUGUUCCGAAAAGCUGCUGCAUUCUGUUACCUCUCGCAAGGGCAGCCCUCUGACAAGUUGCUGUUAGCUUUGUUUUUUGCUGUGUUUGUAAGGUUGACACCUUAAGCUGAAAAUAAAAGUAUGCUCUAAUCCAUAACACAUUCCGAUGA